GGCUCAAGCCACUGCGGCACACGGAAAGACGCGCUCCCCGAACGCCUCCGCCCAGCAACCGACGUCCCGAGGUGCGGCUUCGCAUUUUUUCUUCAAGGGACGAAAAAACCACCCUAACCCCUUUAGUCGGCGAUUCCUUCACACACACAUGGGCGUGUGCUAAGCAGCCCUGCCCUGUUCGAUUCCGUCUCGCUCCAGGGCGUGGCUUGCUGGUUGCGUAUUCUGAGGCUGAGCUAUGUCCGGUGGCGCGUACGACGACUACUUCAAGGAACAGGCGUCCACCGCCAUCGUGACAGACGUCGACGCGCCGGCCUUCAUCAAGGCCUUCGCCGAGCACCUCAAGCGCCAGGGCAGGUUCGAGAUCCCAAAGUGGGCAGACGUGGUGAAGACCAGCAAGCACAAGGAUCUUCCGCCCCUCGACCCCGACUGGCUCUACGUCCGCACGGCCUCCAUGGUGAGGAAGAUCUACAUUCGCGGCGGCACUGGCGUGGGCGGCUUCCGCAAGGUCUACGGCGGGCAGAAGCGCCGCGGCGUCUGCACCAACGUCUUCUCCAAGGGGUCCGGGAAGAUCGCCCGGUACGUCCUGCAGCAGCUGGAGGAGGAUGGGCCUGGUAGAGCAGGACGAGAACGGCGGCCGAAAGAUCACGAAGGAGGGCCAGCGCGAGCUGGACACCGUGGCCGUGCAGGCCGCCGCGGUCGAGGAGGACGGCGACGACGAGUAGGCCAGAUCGCCCACGUGACUUGCGGCGGACAAGCCUUGAGCAGCCGGCGCCGUUAGCAGACCUGUAGCGGUGGGCCACGGGCGGCUGCGUCAGA